CUCGCCAGUGAAACCUGGAGAAAACCCUUCAGAAUCUGGUGAGGUCCACCAGCGCAAGGAGGUUUGUCAUUGGCCGUGCAGAUGCCCGCCUGUACCAGCCUGCACCCCUGGGGUGAGCUUGGUAAAGGAUGGUUGUGGCUGCUGCAAGGUCUGUGCCAAGCAGUCAGGAGAGACCUGCAGCGAAGCAGACACCUGUGACCCCCACAAAGGCCUCUACUGUGACUACUCAGAAGACGAGCCUAGGUAUGAAACAGGCGUGUGCGCAUAUCUGGUAGCCGUAGGAUGUGAGCUCAAUGGAGUUUAUUACCUUAACGGGCAGACCUUCCAACCUAACCCACUUUAUAAGUGCCUGUGUGUCAGCGGCGCAAUUGGAUGUACACCUGUAUUCAUUCCGAGAUCAGCAGCAAGUCCCUGUGCCGCGGUCGCGGGCAGAAAGAAGGCCGGACAACCCAUCUGUGGGCCGGGACAGCACAAGCAGCUUCAAUCAACAAACUACAGACUGAUGUCAGCUUACAGAAGUUUACCACUGGUUUUGAAGAACAAGUGCCUAGUACAGGCAACUCCCUGGACACCCUGCUCCAAGACCUGUGGCAUAGGCAUAUCCAGCAGGGUGACCAAUGAAAACAAAAAAUGUGAAAUGAAAAAAGAAAAGAGGUUAUGCUUCAUCCGGCCGUGUCUGACCACUAUACCAAAGACAAUAAAGAUUCCAAAAGGAAAAACAUGUCAACCAAUAUUCCAGCUUCCUACAGCAGAGAAACUUGUUUUUUCCGGAUGCUCAACUACUCAAAGCUACAAACUAACUUUCUGCGGCAUGUGCUUGGACAAGAGGCGCUGCAUACCUAAUAAGUCGCAAAUGAUCACUGUGCAGUUUGAGUGUCCCAAUGAAGGCUUCUUUAAGUGGAAGAUGAUGUGGAUAACAUCGUGUGUAUGUCAGAGGAUAUGCAGUGCUCCAGGAGACAUAUUUUCUGAACUCAAAGUUUUAUGA